AUGUCAGAGUUAAGAGAAUACCAUAGCAAGUUAUUAAGUGAGGAUAAUAUUUUGGCAUUGGAACAAGCUGAUGUUACAACUGUUGAUGCAUUGUUAUAUCAGGAUGCGACAAGACUGCAUGAUAAGACAAAGUUGCCAGUGGACUUGAUACAAAGGAUACAGAGGGAUCUUCAAAAGUACUUCUGUGCCACGCCCGUAUUGGCAAGCGAUCACUAUCAAUCACAAUUGCGAGCACCACUGUUGCCUACUCGUUGUUGUCUAGACCUACUGCUGGGUGGAGGAUUGGCCACUGGUGAACUCACUGAACUUGUUGGACCAACAUCAUGUGGCAAGACUCAAAUGGCAAUGUUCACAUCACUUCAAUUGGCCAAACAUCAUGGUAUCAGUGUACUCUAUAUCGACACAUCCUCUGCCUUCUCCGCCGACAGAGUUGUCGAAAUGCACAAGUACCAACUAGUGGCCGAAUGUCAAGAAGGCUUUGAACCAGUUGACACUGAUCAAUCAAUCUUGGCCAUUUUGGAUAGGAUAAAGUGGCACAACUGUUACGACCCUAUGAAGUUGAUAGAGAUUCUGGAGAACACUCAUAUAGCUUUGGAGUCAAAGAGUAGCGAGUUCUAUGAUAGACUCAAACUGAUUGUGGUCGACUCUGUUGGAACAUUGCUCUCAUCAACACUUGGUGGCAAGUCUACACAUGGUCACUUUGUAAUGAUGAGAAUAGCCAGACUACUAAAGUCUAUUGCCGAUCAUCAUCAGAUUGCAGUGUUAGUAACAAACAACACUGUUGGCGCAGAUGAUCAGAAUGGACAGAACAAGUCUGGACACAAGCCAGGACUUGGUGAGUCGUGGGCAGCAGUGUCCAACCAUCAACUCAUGCUUGAUUGUGAGUUCAACGAUGAUGAGAACAUAGAAAGAUCAAUCAUGUUGGAGAAGUCCACUAGAUAUAGAACCAAUCAGAGAUGUCUGUUUACCAUCGACCCUUAUGGUAUCCACUGA